AUCUUUCUCUUCGCUUUCUUCUCUUGUGAACCUUGACAUGACCUGACCUGCUAUCCUCCUACUCCAGUUACUUGACAAGCUUGUAUGUGUCUGUGUAAGAGUGUGUGUGAGUGAGUAGUGUCUAUGGACGUUUAGUGUAAACAUCAACGGCGGUACGUUCGGACGAGGGUAUCACUCAUGAGCUGCUCCAGGAAGACAUCAAAGAGAAUGUAGCUGUGGACGAACCCUGAAUGGACUCUCUUAGUGGACAGGAACUAGAGACAGUACAACUGUUCAAAUACCUGAGGGCAAGAACCUAUAAGAGUAGGUUUCAGCUGAAUGACCAGUCUGAGAGACCAAAGAGCUAAGGAGAAUUCUUUGAAUUUUGUGCACCUGAGUUGACUGCCGAAACUGGGAGAAUGUUUAAGUAUGGCCAAUUUGAAAACGAAGACGUUUCAGUCAGUGCGCCAGGCGGAGAUCAAGCAGCAACAUUGUCCAUUGAUAUUCAAGACACACAGAUCUCCACUUCCUCUUCCCUUCAUGUCGGAUUCAAAAAUGGUAAAGAUGAACUGAAUAUUAAAUCGACUUCACAACCUUUGAAUGCCUCAUCAACAAAGUUCAUGCCUGAUCCUGCUGGGUGCAAGGCAAGCACUCCAAAAUCAACUUUAGAAGCCAUGCAGUUGAGGGUACAGCGAGUCGUCCAGCACAUUGUAUUUCGCAUCUUCACACUGAUAUUGAUCCUCACUGAUUUUAUACUUGUCAUCGUUGACUUGUCCAUCUACGAAUGUGAUACAAAUAACGGGCUAGAAAUAACGUCACAUAUCAUCAUUACAUAUUUCAUGCUUGAAGUUGGUGCACGGAUAUUCUAUAAAGGGCGAAGAUUUUUCUAUAACUGGAUAGAUAUCGUGGACAUGGUGGUGGUUGUUGCAUCCUUCUUCACCGAUAUGAUAUUUGCCAGUAUUUAUGGAAUAAACUCCUGUGGAAAAAUUAUGAAGAAAGACCACCACAGUUACGUCAAACUUCUUGUUGCUGGACGUGUUGUGAGAAUUUUCCGUAUUUUGAGGAUUCUUUACUUCAUGUAUAUUCAGCAUCGACAUUUGACAUCUGCCUCUCGUAAAAUAGUCUCACAAAACAAACGCCGUUACCAGAGAGAUGGUUUUGAUUUGGAUCUUUGUUACAUCACAGAGCGAGUUAUCGCCAUGUCAUUCCCUUCCACUGGUUUAAUGGCAUUCUAUCGAAACCCUAUACAUGAAGUGGUCAGGUUUUUUGAAACGAAACAUAAAAACCAUUACAAGAUCUACAACUUGUGUAGUGAACGCGAUUAUGAUGAAAGUCUCUUCCAUAACAGAGUUGAACGAAUUUGCAUCGAUGACCACAACGUGCCAUCACUGAAGAAAAUGGUCGAAUUUUGUUCUGAUGUACGAGAAUGGAUGGCAGCAGACAAGAAUAAUAUCAUUGCUGUUCACUGUAAAGGUGGUAAAGGACGAACAGGAACCAUCAUCUGUGUGUGGCUUAUAGACUGUGGACUGUUUCAGGAAGCAAAGGAUGUUUUAGAAUAUUUUGGAGACAGACGCACAGAUCUUAGUGUUGGUAAAAUGUUUCAAGGUGUACAAACGCCAAGUCAGAGCCGGUAUGUCGGUUAUUUUGAAAAAAUGAAACAGGAUUACAAUGGAAAAUUGCCUGAGAAGAAAGAAUUGAAUCUGAUCUCAAUAAAAAUCACCGCAAUUAAAGGUGUUGGCAAUGGUGACGGUAGUGACCUCAGUAUAGAGAUACGUACCGCUGAAAACCUCAUCUAUGAGUGCCACUUAGGGGCAAGUAUUAACUGUCAGGUGAUUAAAUACACAGACAGUGACAGUAUCAUGAUCAACCUGCACCAAUGUCCAGUUCUGGUCAAUGAUAUAAAAGUUAAAUUCAAUUCUACAAAUAAAAAACUUCCAAAGGGAUAUGAUAAUUGUCCGUUUUAUUUCUGGUUUCACACAUCAUUCAUUGAAGAUCACAGUUUAUAUUUGUCUCGAGAUGAAAUUGAUAACCCACACAAACCAAAAUUAUGGAAUAUUUACAGAGAGAAUUUUGCUAUUAUAGCUUCAUUUGAAGACGUUAAGGAUUGAGUUGAACGAACAUUCCAGAUGAAACCGAAGUUGUUAAAUGAACAAACAACCAUAAAACAAAACCAAGACCAUCCCGUUUUCGCUAUUCAUUGAAGUAUGUAUCUGCUGUCAUGUUAUGACUCGGAACGUCCCCCCACUCCCCCUAACAACAACAACCUUGUCUAAGCCUCAUUUACGAGUCAUUUAGUGAAAUGCCUUGCUAUCAUGGAAUGGUGAAGGGUUGUAUCCAAUGAAGUUUAUUCCCUCCUACCACAACAUUUUUAUCAUGCAAAACAUGAAACAUUUAUCAAGAACUGUUACGCCAAUGAAAUAUUGAAAUUUUGAUCACCCGUGGUUAAUCAUUUCCCUUUCUUCAUAAAGACUGUGCCAAACUCAACAGGUGGGGGGUGGGGAUUCUGUAAAAUAACACCAUUUAAAUUAAACUUAGUAUACAUAAAACUUCGUACUUGAUGUGGUGGUGAUAUUACGACAAUCAUAACCUGCUCUCCUGUUUUCUAGAAAAUCUUAUACUCAGUUCAUUUCAAACGUGUAUGAAAUUUGAAAAUCAUUUCAGUUAUAACAAAUUUCAGCCAUAUUCAAACAGAUAUCAUUGUGUGGAAACAGUAAACUCUAAAACCUUGUAACAUUUAAUCUGCCUAAUUUAGUUAUUCAGAGAAAGAUUUUAAAACCUGUUAAUUUUGGUACAUUGAAUUAUGAAAAUGCUCCAACUCUGCCUUCCUCUACAUUGAACCACUCAAAUUAUAUAUCGUUAGGUAUUUAAUUAACAUUCCUAACCUUUCACUUUGCUCGUAUUCAGGGAAACCUUUAGACCAAUGGUUAAAAACCAUUUUUUGCCUAUGGGCCUCUUUGAUUCCUGUUUUACUCAGGUUUGUGGCAUGAAGGUGGGACCUUCAUAGCCAUUUGAUGUCAAAAAAAUGUUUUUGAUUAAAUAUUAUUAAGAAUUGUAGAAAAAAUGUUUAAAUAUUAUAAUUACCCAUAAAAUUUAUAUACCAAAAUCUUAUAUGAACCUCGUCCCCAGGGCCAUGCCCUCCCCCCUACCAUUGAGAACCACUGCUUUAGAUGAUGCUAAGCUAUCAGUUUAAUUGUAUAGGGAGGAAUAGCUAACCCACUAAUUGUGGUAGGUGUUAGUUAACCCUUAAUGUGUGGCAUCAAUCUAACUACUCUAAAGGACUCAUUGAAACCGUGUUAAGCUUUCAUUUCAAAUGUGUUAGAAAAAAUACUUAAGACCAUUAAGUUAUCAAUCUUUCCUAUGACAAGUUAAUCUAGAUAACCAUACUGGGAUAUUCCUUUUGUCUAAGAUAUUUGUUUAGUUAUACUAGGAAUAGGUUAACCCUCUUAAGCUAUCGAUUUAUUUUCACUUGGAAAUAUAUACAUCUACCAAAACUAAGUGUCCUAUGGAAUUAUCUAAAGAAAUAGUGAAAUUUGUUGAUGUAGUUAUUUAACAGAAAAUAUUGGCCCUUCUCUUCAGCAUGGAUUUCUUUAUUUUUUAAGCUCAUCUCUAAUAUUUUUUGUACUUUUUUUUUCAACCAAAAACAAAAAUGGGAUGGGGGUAAAGAGAGGCUUUGGGUUUACAUGUUUUCAAUAUCAGGGAUUCACAAUCUGCAAAAAUUGUCUUUUAAAUUUGAAAAAUAAAAUAUUUUUUUUUAAAAUCAGAAACUAAUUGGAGGGUUAGAACAAUGUAUGCCUACAGUAUUUUCUCCACCCCCAUUUUUUUUUGUUUGUAUUUGGAGUGUAUAAAAUGCAUUUCAUUUGUAUCUAAAAGGAGCAUUAGUUGUUUCACUUUCUGAUAUUUUAAAUGUUUCCAUUUCAAUUUAUUUACAAGGAAAAUGUAAACAAAAUUCAUACACACAUUCAAAAAGUACAAGCAUUAAUCUCUCAACCAUUACCAGCUUCUGAUCUAAAAGAAAAAUUUUUUUUUUCUUUUAAUUCAAAAAAGAAAAAAAUUAUAGAUUCUGAAUGUCUGAACUAAAAUCCAAAACCAUUUGAAAAAUUUUUAUUUUUGAAGGCAUAAUGAAAAAUUUUGAAUAAAAGUGGGUGUAAAAAAAGUCCACACUUAAAUGAAUAAGUACCAAAAUAUAUAAUGUGUGUCUUUGACUCUACUAGUGCUAAUAUUUCUAAGAAGUUUCAAAUAUGUUUUCACACUAGCUACCUACUCUCCCCUAUUCUGUCUGCCUGCUUCUUUGGCUUUCUUAAAUUUUUCUUACAUAGGAACUCUUAUGUAGACACAUACAAAUGUUUCUAUUAAUAUUCAAUUCAGAUAAACUCUGUUUAUAAGAUAAAUGGAUAUUAUUUGUAAAGAAGUGUGUAAUUCAUAAGUAUGGAAGCAUCUAUCUGCUGCAAAUAUAGGUUUGUUAAAUAUGGAAAUUCUCAACUGCUAAAAUAAAUACAAAUGCAUAAAGAAACUUCUUUCUGAAUAGUUUAAAAUAUAUUACAAAAUAGUCUUAUUAUUUACAGUUGACAGAUAUUUGUCCUCGUCUUGUUUGUUGUUAACAACAAACAAGAUGAAAAAUAUCCGUCAAAUGUAAAUAAUGUACAUAAUUCCUCAUCGCUUAAAUAUAGAACAGAAUUAGUCUUGUCUCUGGGAUCUAGGUUCAAGUCUCACUGCACUUGAUGUUUGCCAGUAAUAUACUGGAGGAACGAGUUAGUCCACACAAAUUGGCCUUGUUGCACCACCUGUGCAGGAAAUUAUUAUUUGUGUAAGUUCUUGGGGUGGGGAUAAUCUUUUCUGAAAGCAAACAAAAUGGGUGAAACUUCUAGAAAGCUUAGAUUUCCAAAUUUACAAACUGGCUUCAAUCCUGAAUGAAAGCUAUAAAUGUCAUUUCACUUAUUGAAAGGUAUGAGUACCACUACAUCAUUAUUUUCUCUCCUUAAAAUUUAGGAAUUUAUACACCACUUAAAAAUAAAAUCUAAUAUUUAUCAAUAAUCCCCGUCCCAAAAAAUAAAUAAAAAAUGGAAAUUAAAUGCAAAUUUUUAAAAAAAACUUGCUAUUUCAUAAAACAGAUUUUAACCAAAUUUUUUAAGAAAUGGAAGAAUUUUUCAGAAAUACAGAAAUAAAUGUUUUUUUUAAGAAAAAUAUAUUUCAAAGUUUUAUUUUGUGAAAAAAAAGGAAAAAAAACAGCUACGCCCCACCCUCAUCUUGUUUCUCUUCCACCCACUUUUCCAUAUCAUUUAUACUCCCUGCCCACCACCUCUGAGUUUUUUUGGUUUUCUUUUUAUUCUACUGAAGAAAAAAAAGUUGUAUUAAAAAACAAAAAGAUUAAAAAAAAAAAGAAGAAUUUGAAAAUAAUUCCAAUUCUGAAUUUGUUUAAUAUUUUUAUCAAACAAAUCUAAUAUUAGGGCAAUCGGAUAACAUCUAUCGUAAUUAUAUUUUGACUAGAGGUCCACUGGCCCCUUCUGUUUGUACUCUUGUUGUGAUGUAAUUAAUCCCACAAAACAAAAUCAUUAGAAAAAUAUUCAAUCAACAAUAAAAAUUAAAGAAAAA